AUGAGUGAAAAGGAUCUUGUCCAACAUUAUAAGGUGUUGAAACAGUUUCUUGCUAUAUCGGAUGAUCAGCAAUCAAGAUCGAAAUCAAAUUCAUCUCGAGCUCAAAGAGCAAGAGAAAAAUUAUUGAAAUUAUCAUCAGCACAAUUCAAAGAGUUAAGUACCGAUGUUUAUGAUGAAUUAAGAAGAAGGAUAGAUGAAAGUAGAUCAGAACCAGAUUAUUUAUUACCUAAAUCUUCAUUCCACCCAAAAAGAAAUCAAGCAAGACAGAAAUUGGCCUCUUUACCACAGACUAGAUUUAAAGAUUUAGUGGCUGAUAUCUCAUAUGAAAUAGAGCGAAGAGAUUUGCAUGUGGAAAGACAACUGCAACAUUCACACACUACUUCAAUGUCAUCAAACGGAAGCCAGUUCCAACAUGAACGUAAGUCAUCGUUAGCUUCAAGUCAUCAUCGUAAUGAUUCUGCCAAUGGUUAUCAUAGUCGCCUGGCAUCACACCAUUUGAAUGAUUUUGCCGCUACAAAAGAAGUAGAUGAAGAGAAAGAAAGUGAUAGUAGAGAUGAUUUGAACAACACAUCAAGCAAGAAUAUUACUAUGCCCAAUGCUGAAGCAUCUAAUCAAUCAAUAGGUAUUCAACCUUCUCAAGUAGUGCCAACAAAGGCCAAUCUUGAUUGGUCCAGUGAUGAUGAAGGUGAUGAUGAACAGGAAGAAGAGGAAGAAGAAAAGGGAAAAGUAAAGAAUAUCUCAGAUCCUAAACAUACACAAGCUGAGCAACACCAAAAUCAGCACCAACACUCUAAUUCUUUGAGUAAUAAUAAAGAUAUAAACACAAAAAGUGACCGAGGUCUCACUCAUGAUGAAAAGGAUAACGAAUUGGCCAAGUUGGAGACAUUAGUUAAUGAUCUCAAGAACAAGUUGCAAGCAUCAGAGUCUGAAAGAUCAAAAUUGAAAGGCAAGCUUGAGUCACUCCAAGAAGAUUAUAAUUUUUCUGUCAGUCAGAAUAAAUCACUCAGUAACGAGUUGGAGACGUUGGGUAAAGAGAAAGAGCGUUGGAUAACAAAGCACGACAAUUUAACGAAAUCUAUGAGUAAUUCUGAUGAGAAUUUGAAAGAGAUAGAGAGAUUAAAAUCAAUAAAUGCAGCAUUGAGACUCGAGAACCAAUCCUUGAAGAAUACCUCAUCCAGUCCUAGAAGUGUUGGAAGUCCACCUUCAGCAAUCAAUGCCAUUACUACCAAUUCGGGAAAUUCAGGAAACUCAGCAAAAUUGUCACAAAAGAGUGUCGAUGAAUUUUUAGAAAAAUUGGAAACCAUUCAACUUUCUCCUGGAUCAACUUCAAAUAAUCCAUCUACCCUAGAAUUGAAGAAUCAAAUUAAACUUUGGCAACGUAGAUACGAAGAUUCUAGGUCUAAUGCAAUUGCAAGAGAUAUCAAAAAGGCAUCAUUACCUAAAAUGGAAUUGAAACCAUUUGUUGCUUCUCACGGUUUAAUUUCUAUAAAGUUGGUCAGUGAUGCUCUUGCUUUAAUUGACUCAUUUUUGGGUUAUUUAGUAAGUGAAAAAUGUGAUUCAGACAUUUUGUUUGAAAAAAUAUCUAAACUUGCUAUUGUUAUAAAUGAAAUUGCCAACCAAGGUGAUCGUCAAAGAUUGGGUAGUAAUGAGCAUUCCGUCAUGUUAAGAGAAGCAGUUGCGUACUCAUUAACUGCUACAAGGUAUCACGCUACAUAUAAACAAUUGUUUCCUCGUUACAUUGUGGAAAAAUCAAUUGGCGAAUUGAAUUGUAUACUUUGUGACUUGAUAGCAGAGUGCAAGCUAAAUGAGAAUUCAACUAAUUUAAGAGUACUUGAAGUGGAAACAAAAGUUCCUAAAAAGUCCGUGAAUGAAGAUUUUGGUGUUAGACCACUACGUAUGGCCAAUAAAUUAAAGGUUAAUCAGAGCCAACAGGAACCUACACAAAAAUCAAAUUCAGAAACCAGAGCUUUACAAUAUGAAGAGCAAUCUCCAUUUAUUGAGGAAACAAGAGACAAACCAUUGAAAUCCAAAGCUAACAGUGCAUUUACAACAUUAAGAGCUCAAAGAGAGAAAGCAAAGGAAGAAAAAUCACCUACAAAUGCAACUCAUGGAACAUCUUUUUCUAAGGGUGCAACAGUCGCAGCUACUGUUGGUAGUGCCCUGAUUCCUGCAGCUGCUCAAGUUGGAGACCCACGUACAAAGAAAUCCACGCAUAAUGUUGCUUUUAACGAUAAUCCUAUUUCUAUAUCUCUAAGAUACCAAAACUAUGACUCUGACGAAAACGAAGAUGAUCUAAAUGAUGAUGUACCUACUAAUGAUAAUUUUAACGCUCAUUCAAACAAGGAAACAAAGUUUGAUAGGAAACCAUAUGGAACCGAGACUCAAACUAAUAAUCUCACUUCUGGAGCUUUGAGUACUAAUACUACACCAACUAAAGUUAAAAUUAGUCGAUCAAUUAAUGAAGACAGCGAUGAGCUUGUGUCUGCUACUAACAAUUCCAAUUUCCAUGAUAACAGUGGAUAUCAGCAAUCAAGAAACUUGGACUCAAGUAAUAAUUUUGUGACACAAAACUCGGGAAAUUUGAAUUCAUAUAAGCCAAAUUUGGAUAAUUCACCAGUUCGUAAAACAAGUUUAGAUUCAAGUGAAGACAAGUAUGCUCUGCCAAUGAGAGACACCGAUCAAAGUUUUGAUAACGACCAGGAUGAUAGCUUUGAAACUGCUUACACAUUUGGCAAGAAUUUGGAUAAUGUUCAUGAUAGUAACACUAGAAAGGAAGAUGUUGCCACACGCGGGUUGGGUACUAACAAUGAGGUGGUACCUCAGAAAGAAAAUUUUGAAACUGAAGGUAAAAAGAAGGGAAGCAUUGCACUGCUAGCUUCAAAGUAUGAGAAUAAUGUUUCAGAUCAAUCUACUUCCAGAAACUAUUCUCCAAUUAAGAAUAAAUCGGAUAAAUCCUCACAAGGAGUUCAAGAAUUAGCUAGAAGAAUCACAUCACCAGAAGCUUCGCCAGAAUCUCAAAAGUCUAUUUCACAAGCAUCAAAGAUAUCUCCAUCAAAGAAAGGUGUUCUUGACAAGGUGAAACAAUUUGAGAGUCCACAAAGAGAAGAUGUUCCUUCUUCUCCAUCACCUAGGAAAUCACCAGGACAAGAUAAAGUUCCUUUCAAAUCCAUGAGAACUUCGUUAGAACUGAGUAAACCAUUUAAAAAUGAAGAAGAUCCUGGGCAAUUGUCAGCACCAUUUAGUGCUAUUCAUCUGAAGAAUGAAGUAGGUGAAGAAACAUCUAAAAAAGAAAUUGAAAAUUCUGCUGCUGCUGAAACAUCUACUUUAUCUGAUACUUCCACUUCAAGUUCUGCACCAGUUAAAAGUAAAGGAUUGUUCCAAUCACUCAAAGAUAGGUUCACUGGAGAAACCAAGAAAGAAGAAGAAGAAGAAAAAGUACAACAACAACAACAACAAGAAGAAGAGGAAUCAGCUAAGCAUAUUGAAUCUUCUCAAUCUGAUGCCACAAUUUCUGAUAAUGAGAAACAGAAUGAUACUCAAAAUGAGAAUCUUAUGAAUACUGUGGAAACCUCCCCACCAAAAGAUGUUAAUGAUGAAAUAAUUAGCAAACCUGUUCAAGUACAAUAUCCUGAACAGAAGACUACUCAUUCUGGUGAACAAGAGGUCGAAAAAAGCAAGGAUUUACCAAUUGAGAGGAGAGAUGUGGUGACAGAACCUUCAACAGGAAUUAAGCACGAGCCAGCAGAAAGUAACAAAACUGAACCCAAACUACAACAACAAAAAUCUUUACUACAAAAAUCAAAGCAACAAAAACCGGUUACACCUGAAUCAGAAGAAUCAUAUAGUGAAGAAGAAACCGAAGAAGAAAUACGAGCAAGACAAAGACAAGAAUACAGAAAAUCAAUGGCAGCUGCAACUUUCAAUGUCGACUUGUUUGAUAUUGAUGAUCCAGACAACACAUUAACCCAAGUUUUACUUUAUUUGGAACAUCAAACAGUACAAGUCAUCAACACAAUUCAAUCAUUACUUGCAGCUAUUAAGAAGCCUAAUGCUACUAGAGGUGAAUUACGCGAGAAGACUAAAGCCAUCACGAUUGUCAUAUCACAAAUGACUGAAGCUACCAAUACAUCAAUGAAUCAAACUCGUAAUGCUCAAUUGAAAGAACAUGGAAGUUGGGUUGUUAGAAGUUUAGAAGAUUGUUAUCAUAGAAUGAAUAUUUUAUGUAAACCGGGAGAAAAGCCUGAUACUUCAUUUGCUGAUAAGAAUUUCAAACAAAGAUUAGCAGGAAUUUCAUUUGAUAUUGCCAAAUGUACUAAAGAAUUAGUCAAGACGGUGGAAGAAGCUAGUCUUAAAGAAGAUAUUGCUUAUCUUGAUGCUAGAAUAAGUCAAAAUCUUGAAUAA